AUGAUCCAAGCACACGAAGACAUCCAAAAGGAGACUGCGGAGCAACAGACAAAGCUGGUUGAAGCUCAGCCGCCUUACCAGCUGAACAGGAAUGAGAUGAGAACCCAACAAUUUGUACCAUCCCUUCUACUACAGCAAACGCCGCUGCCAACUUUCGAUGGUCGCUACGAAAAUUGGCAUAAGUUCAAAGACAGAUUUAAGGAUAUUGUAGACAAGUGUACUGGAGACUCGCCAGCUACUAAACUACAUUACCUGGAUAAGGCGCUAGUAGGCAAAGCACAGGGUGCUAUCGACCAGCAGACAUUGAAUGACAAUAAUUACGAUGGGGCAUGGAGGAUAUUGACCAAGAAGUUUGAGAAUCUUCGCAUGGUGGUUCAAGGUCACGUUACCCAAUUACUGGCGUUGAAACCAAUGGCAAAAGAGAGUCAUGCAGAGCUGAAGGCAUUACUUGAUGUUGUGGAAAAACGUCUGGAGUCACUCGAGUUCCACAAUCUCGAAAUGACAGACAAAUUAUCGGAGGCGAUCAUCGUGAAUUUGGUUAUUUCCAGACUCGAUAACGAAACCCGCAGAGCCUGGGAGGCCACGAUGGAACAUGGCGAACUCCCGGAAUAUGGUAAAACGAUGGAUUUUCUUCGAGAGCGGUGCUACAUGUUGGAGAGGUGUGAGUUGUCUGUUAACACACUUAAAAAUAGAACUCCGAUCAACCAACGAAGCGGAGUUUUAGCUCCCUCAAGCAAGGUGCAUGCGGCUACCGUACAGCAAACGAGUUGCGCUGUAUGCAAUAACGACCAUAUGAUCGAUAAUUGUGAAGUGUUCAAGAAGAUGACGGUGAACAGUCGUUACUCCAAGGCAAAACAACUAGGUCUAUGUUUCCUGUGUCUGAAACGUGGACAUCGCACGGCCAACUGCAAGGUUGAAGGAAGUAGAUGGUGUAGGUGCAAGAACAAGCAUCACGCCUUGAUGCACCCGAAGGACAAGAGCGAGAACGUUGAAGCAUCGGCGGCCAAGCUUGAAACGGGUUCAAAGGCCGGUAGUUCCGCAAGCAUUGAGGAACCACAUAUCGUCGCGAAAAGUGAAGCCCCAGUCUCGUCGAACGAAUUACUGAAGCAGGUGCUAUUGGCAACUGCUAUUGUUGAUGUGAUUGAUUCUGGUAGAGCAGCGCACAAGUGUCGCGCGCUGCUAGAUUCCGGUGCAAUGGAAAAUUUUGUGUCGGAAAGAAUGAGUGAUGUGUUGAACUUGACAAAACGGUGUGCGAAUGCAUCAAUUAUUGGUAUAAAUGGUACCAGAACAACUGUGAAAUUCGGGGUCAAUGUUUCUGCCAAGUCGAGAACAACGGACUACCUGGUGGUACCUCGUAUAACUGGAGCAUUACUUUCGUUGAGGCUCGACGCCCGAAGCUGGCCGAUCCCUACCGAAGUGCAAUUAGCUGAUCCGAGAUUCUACGAUCCUAGCCGAAUAGAUAUGCUGAUAGGCGCGGAAAUAUUUUUUGAGCUGAUGCAGAUGGGGAAGAUUCGAAUGGCUACGGAAUUACCAUUGCUACAGGAGAGUCAUUUAGGAUGGUUGGUGGCUGGACCAGUAUGGAAUGUUCGAAACGUUGUGAGUGUUCAGAACUACCACGCAGUUCCCACUAAUUGCGGUGAUGAAAAUUUGAACGAGCUGAUGAAACGGUUCUGGACGGUUGAUGAGCAAACAAUCGAACCAUUGGAGAAGGAUGAAUGUGAACGGCAUUUUGUGACUACAUAUGCUCGGGGUGAAGAUGGAAGAUAUGUGGUCAAACUUCCGUUCCGCGAAGGUGCUGGUGAGCUUGGCGAUUCCCGAGUGCAAGCGGAGAAACGGUUUAAGGCCCUAGAGAACAGGUUGGAGAAAUAUCCUGAUACGAAGCGGAGGUAUGGAGACUUCAUUCGCGAAUACAUCAAACUCGGACACGCUAGAAUUUUAAAGGAUGAGGAAAAGGAUCCUACGGGGGCUUACUAUUUACCACAUCAUUGCGUUUUCAAACACGACAGUUCGACAACGAAAUUACGUGUGGUGUUUGACGCAUCUGCGAAAACCUCGUCCAAUUUAUCUCUGAAUGACGUGCUGCUGGAGGCGCCUACUGUGCAAAGCCCGCUAUUUGACAUCCUACUACGGUGGCGCUUGCACCAGUAUGUCUUCUCAACCGAUGUACAACGCAUGUAUGAACAAGUCAAGAUAAAUGGUGCACAUACCAAAUACCAAAGGUGUUUAUGGCGCGACGAGCGGUCUCAACCGUUGUUAGACUUGGAAUUACAACGGGUGACUUACGGGGUGGGUCCUGCAGGAUUCUUGGCAACGAGAUCAUGGGUCCAAUUGGCUCAUGAUGAGCGAGAGAGUUUCACGGAGGCAAGCGAUAUCAUCCUGAAAUGCUUUUAUGUUGACGAUGCGCUUGUAGGAGCGGAUACAGUGGAGAAAGCGAUAAGGCUUCGCGAGGAUCUACAAAUUCUUUUGAGAAGAGGAGGUUUUAGGCUGCACAAGUGGUGUGCAAAUGACCCGAAGAUACUAGAUGGGAUACCAGUUGACGAUCGUGAGAAACAAGUUUGCUUUGAAGACAUUGACGUAAACGGAGUGAUAAAAACCCUCGGUCUCUUGUGGGAUCCGCAAAGCGACAACUUUCUUUUUCGUGUCACGAAGAUGCCAAUGACUUCCGGAGUAGCAACAAAACGUCUGGUUUUGAGCGAAAUAGCCAAAUUGUUCGACCCCCUCGGCAUUUUGAGUCCUAUUGUGGUGUUAGCAAAGUUAGUGAUGCAGCAACUUUGGAGGAAGAAACUUGAUUGGGAUGAAGCAAUCCCUAACGAAAUUGAGAACGGAGCUAUGUGA